GCGUCACUUCCGGGUUAGGGUAGGCGUGCCGGUAAAAUCAACCACAACACAACACAACAUCACCUGUCCUGUCUUCACCUGAAGUUUGAACAUCUUCCAGAGCUACACAUCUGCGAUCUCAGCAUGCCGUUCGACGUCAGAAGGUUUGACAUCUACAGGAAGAUACCCAAGGAUCUGACACAGCCAACCUUAACGGGAGCUUUAGUGUCGAUCCUGAGCUGCAUGUUCAUCGCUUUCCUGCUGCUGUCUGAGUUCCAUGCCUUCAUCAUGUCAGACAUCAUGAGUGAGCUAUUUGUGGACAACUCUGGGGGAGGUGGAGGGCAGAUUUCAGUCUUCCUCAACAUUACACUGCCCAAGCUCAAGUGUGAAGUGGUGGGGCUGGACAUUCAGGAUGAGAUGGGGAGGCACGAGGUCGGCUUUGUGGAGGACACAGAAAAAAUACCGGUGAACAACGGGAUGGGCUGCCGGUUUGAGGGCAGGUUCUGGGUCAAUAAGGUACCCGGGAACUUCCACAUGUCCACUCACUCUGCUCCUGUCCAGCCAGCCAACCCAGACAUGUCACACAUCGUUCAUGACCUCAGAUUCGGAGAGGACCUGGCAGCAUUUUUACCUGAACAUAUCAAAGGUAGCUUUAACCCGCUGGAUGAAGUGGACAGGUUACAUGCCAAUGCUCUGUCCUCACAUGACUACUUCCUCAAGAUUGUGCCAACCAUCUUUGAGAACAGACACGACAAAAAGUCUUUUGCCUUCCAGUACACCUAUGCCUACAAGGACUACAUCUCAUUUGGUCAUGGACAUCGUGUGAUGCCAGCUAUCUGGUUCCGGUAUGACCUGAGCCCCAUCACUGUCAAGUACACAGACAAGAGGAAGCCAUUCUACCACUUCAUCACCACGAUCUGUGCUGUUGUUGGCGGGACCUUUACAGUGGCAGGCAUCAUUGACUCAGUCAUCUUCACAGCAGCAGAAAUCUUCAAAAAGGCAGAGCUUGGAAAACUGUCUUGAUGAAGCCUUGGUCACUAGUUUUACCUCAGUACGCCACUCAGCAUGUCAUAUACAUUUCCUUCUUAUUUCAACCCUGUUU